AUGGAGCCAUCAAAAGGUCCUAAGAAGUCUUCCUUGUCGUUUUCAAAUUUAUUUAAACUAAGCCUUUUUAAUACUAUAUUUGCAAAAGAUGAACCGGAUUCCGGAUUUCCGGUGCAAGUAGAAGCGAGUGCACCACCUACACCGAAAACAGAAUGUGAUUGUAAAGUAACCGAACCUCCAAAAGGAAAAUGCACUGUUGGCGAUCGAGGAAAGACAGGAGCCGGAGUGACAGGCUCUCGUGCUGGACGAGUAUGUGAAAAGAAAUCAGAUGACCUGCCGGAGGGAGCAAAUAAUCCGGGUCUUUUACGGUACAUACACAACGCAGCCCGGUACCGACUACCUCAAUGUUUUGAAGGUGGUUGUGUAUCUGUAAAACAAAGUGCGAAAAACAAUUGGAUAUUUGGCCAUUCUCUAUCAUUCAGCUCAGUGUCGCCAGGCGGGUAUAAGUUAUUAAUAUCUUACGCAGACAAAACUAAGCAUACAGCGAUGCCCUACUUUGUGAUGGAAGCAGCGCCUGGUGGCCAGAUGAGCUGCGAGAUGCGCGUAGGCCCCACUCGAGGUACUCGGGCUACGGUGGUAGCUCAAAUAGCGGAUGCAGAUUUUUAUAGUUUCGAAAGCAUUUUAGAUGUGUAUUUUAACACAUUUACUGCGUCUAUUAUAGCUGUAAAUCGGGAUUUUAUUGCAGUACAUUAUUUGCAGGCCUUAACGGAAAAACUGUCACUUGGAGCAGAAAUAGUAGCUAGAGGACAUGUCGCCGAACUCAGUUCGGCAUCGGGCGCGGCCCGGUGGGUCAAUAGUGAUCAUUCCCUGAGCGCCACACUUGGUAACAGAGGACUUGAUUUGUGCUAUGCGAAAGUCAUCAGGCCUUACCUAACGGUGGCAGCCAUGCUUGAGGUGGGAUUCGCUAUCCGGCGGGCGGUAGCGACUCUGGCUUAUGAGUGGCAUACUGACGAAUGGACAGCGAGAGGUUCAGUAGACUCUGACGGUCUGGUGGGAGCGACGUUGCAGCGUGCUCUGGGAGGGAAGAACACGAACCUUGCCUGUGCCAUCUCGGCACUCCUCAAUCACCCUAACGAUAAGUUCAGACUCGGGUUUGGAGUUACUGCCUCUAUUCUAUAG